UGAAGAAUCCCGUGAUGUCAGGCUGAGUGCUGAGGUGCUCUCACAGCUUUGCGACGACCACACUGUGUUUCUCGACUCCGGGUUUCCACAGUAAAGUUUACACAGAGCUCGUGUCGCCAGUUUACCUCUAAUGUCGUCAACCAACAUGGGUUUCCCGGUUUCGAAGGCUGUCGCUGGAUGUAUCCUUCCGCACGGACCCUAACAGCGCGGCGAUGAACAGCCUCUCUCCGGGAUGCGGCUCAGUUAGCUCCUCCGCAGGUCGGCUCGCUGUAAGCUAGCGGCUAACGCUCACUACUACACGGACGGUGUGAUGGCGGGGUUCGUUCUGGAGCAGCUGUCUGAUUUCGGGGACUUCAUCGGCGGCACGGAGCUGGGCGAGGCUCUUGAAGCGGCUCACCACGGUCUGUCGGACGUCCGCAUGAGCCCCGACGGUCGUCACGUCCAUGUCAUCCUCCGAAAGCCCAAAGCCGGUCUCGUGACUUUUGACAAGUAUGUAAGAGCGCAGCCGGUCCACAACCAGAAGAAGCUGGAUCUGUGUGCGACCCGAGCUGUGCCCAUCGUGGACGUUUUGUAUCUGGAUCACAAUAAUAACAACAACAACCACAGCAGCAGCAGCAGUAGAGAUGCGGUGGCCGUGGUGUACGAGAACGGAAAAGCGGAGUUCUGGAGGUUCCAGGAGGGCAAAGCAGGCUGGCACCUCCUGCAGACCUCGGACCUGUGCAACAGCCCCCGGGCCAGGGUGGUCUCUGUGUGCGUGUGCGCCAACCUCAUCAUCUGGUGCGAGGAGCGGCCGCCCUCAGAGAGCUCCCCGGCCCUCGGCUCCACCAGGAAUAAGUUCAGAUACUGUGUUUGCAGACGGGACUUCGAGGUGGAGGAGGGGGCCGUCAGCUUGGGAGGGGUGAAAAUCGCCCUCCACAACAAUCCCAAAUUCACCUUGGUCAGCUCAGGUGAAUAUGUGCACCUUCUGCCUGAUUUGAAGGUGAAACCGCUGUUGAGCAUUUCUAAGUUGUUCCUCUCCUGGUCCCCUCGUCAGGAUUCCUUUAGGAUCAGCACCACAUGCAAAAACACUGCUCUGAAAAAGCUUUCGGCUAAGGAGUCUGACUUCAAGAGGCUGGUGACGGACUCUCUGGGGUUUUUAUCGACUCUCGAACCGCCUGAGAUCUACGACGUCUCGCCCACGGGCUGCGGCGGCCUGCUGCUGCUGCUCAGCACGGGCUGGCUGUGUCUCCUGCAGAAAGACGGGAUGCUGCGGCAGUUGUACAAACAGGCAGACAACUGCCUGGCAAAGUAUGGGACUCACACGAGCCUCUGCAUGUACCAGGACACGGUGGUGCUGCUGGUGGGACAAAACCUGCAUCUUAUAGACAUGAACUCUGGCAGGGAGCUGGAGAAGAUUGUGCUGAAGAGAGAAGGGGUGUUGUAUGCAAACCAGGCUGAUAGACAGACCCCCCACCUGCUCUCAGAAAAUGGACUUUUUGUGGUGGUGAACAAGGAGACAGACUCCAGAGAUUGUAACUAUAAAGUGAAACCGUCUGAUAUAAGUAGAGCAGAGUGUAUUCAUCCUGGAGCCCUCCUGGUGGAGGCUGUUUUUGAGGAGGCCUGUAAAUACUACCAGCAGAGGAGCCUGAGCAGCACCCAGCUCACUGUUGACACGCUGAAGAAAGGAGGCAGAUUCCAGGCUCCUAUCUCUUUAGCCUCCAUCCUCGGGAACUACAUCAGCACAGGGUCGAAGCAGAAGGGAGCCGAGGUGUCCCAGAACGGAGGAGGUGGGUGUAUGGCAGGGCAAGACAAGCUAAUGGGCUCUCUGGAGGCCGAGCUGAAGGCCCUGGUCUCUCUGGAGGAGCUGAAGGGGAGUUUAGUGAGGGGAAGUGUUAAAGAGGUGGAGGCAGUGUGUGAAAUUCUGGUUGAGAAAGAAGUAGCCAGACUGCUGUCAUUGUCCGAGCUGGAUAAAGAGCCUCUGCUUUACCUCAACUCCAUCUUCAGCAUCUUCCCGUGCCAGGCGUGGAGGGCGGCACAGGCUGCCCUGCAGAUACACCACAACGGGGAGGGGACUCUGUCCAGCAGCGCUCCGACAGAUGUGUGGAAAACUGUCCUGGGUCCUGCUUCAGCCUCCAGGUCCCCCGCCGCCCUCAGGUUAUCAAGUGGCGGGCCAAGACAAAACCACAGCCCUAAAGGUGAUCGCACAGCAAACUGUAAUGUCAAAUCUUCAAGCUCCACUUCCCCAGCUUCCCUCCCUGUGUUUGAACUCCUCUGCCAAUCAGUUUUUCACUUCCAGCCCAGCUGGCUGCCCAAGUUCCUCGAGCUCGCCCAGCAGCAGCAGGGUUCAGCCGGCCUGGGCCUGAGUCUGGCCUCGUCCUCGUGGAACUUCUCUGGCGGGAGAGGCAGGGAGGGCGGGGAGAACAACGUGCCGCUCUAUAAACGAGCCCUGGGCGUCUUGUCCAGCCUGUGCUCGGACGGAGAACAGCAGCAGAACUUGGAGGUGGAGCUGCUGCUAGUCAGCGGGCGGCCCAACGCCAUCCUGCAGGCGAUGAGGGUCCUCGUUGCCAAGCAGAAGUGGGAGCGGGUCAUGCAGGUGGCCCAGACGUUCUGCAAACCGAGUCCGCUGCUCAACAAGGAGAUUUUCACUACUCUGUUGUGUGAGGUGGCCCACCACAGAGAACUGGACCCAUACCUGGAACUUUUGUGGACUCUGUGCCCUGAGGACCUCACUGUCACCACCAUAAUCAACUUGGUGCUGAAAAGCCUCCCCUCCCCUAACACCCCUUCCUCAUCCACCUCCUCCUCUUCCUUCUCCAUGUCCACUACAGCCUCCUCAUCCCCGGCUCCCUUUGCGGACUCCCACAGCAACCAGCUGACCAUCGGGCUGUUGAAACCUCUCCUGAGAAAAGUCCUUCAGCGGGAGACCAAGCCCAGCCAGCACUACGCUGACAUCCUCCAGUCCCCUCUGUUUCCUCCUCCAGCACCUCCUCGUCAGCCCGCGGAGCAGCCAGGGAACAUCGCAGAUCCCAGCACAGACUUGGGCGGCAACAUAUCCCCUUCUCUUCUCACAGAAUCACCUGAACAGCAGUCGUCCACACACACAACUGUGCAAAGGGCGACUGUGACAAUACCUGCUAACCCAUUUUGCUUUACAUAAAUGAACAAAUACCCUCAAAAGGCUAAAAAGAAGGUCUUAUAUGAAAAACCAUAAACAAUCUGGCCAAACUGUGAAACUGUGUGUUGACAAUCGUUUUAAAACCUAAUGAUAUCAGUGUUUUCCAGAUAUCAUCAGUGUAAUACAGCUUUUCAACAGAUUGGUAAUUUCACAUGAAGUAUGACAACUCAAAACUAUGAAAUGACUACUGAAGAUCUUACCAGUGUAAAUACUACAGGGGAUUUUUAAGUCUUAAUGUGUAUAUACUGUGUUUGCAAUGUUAUUUAUCUCUUAAGCCUUAACUGCACGUAGAUGAGAAAGUUAUUGCAUCGAACAGGUUUAGCCUUUAUCGGAAAUAUCAUCAAUACAUAGUAAUAAUCUGUAAAGUGUUAAGCCACUAACUCCCUAUUUUUGGGGUUUGAUUGAAUCUGUGUCGAAUAUUUGCCACGUAAAGUAGCUCACUUCUGCUAAUUGUAGCCAAGUUUAGCUGCCGUAUGUCAAAGUGCAUUCCUGCAGUGGGUAAUCUACUGAGUUUUAUCCUGACAAGCUGGCCUUUGUGUUUGAAUGUUUGUUUUAAGUGAGGAGUGAGGGGAGGGUGGUCCAAGGUUCCUCUCGUGUUGUAUUGAACAUGAUCUAAGUACUUCAACAGUAACCUGAUUUCGAUGGACUCAACCAGACAGUCUUUCUAUUUGGUUUCCCCCCGUGUCGUCCAUUUGUCUCUCUCGACUCCAUCUUGUCCGCUCUGCCACGUCUCACAGGACAUUCCAGACUGAAUACCCAGUAAGACUGACUCACAGUUCGACUUUAAAUUCAAUUACAUUAAAUUCAAGUGAGGGUUGGGCACAUUGUGACUAACGCGGGCGCCCUGCUGGUUGCAUAAGGUCAUGGACCCAGUGAGGGUAAUGUUAUUAGAGAUGUCCGGCUCUCCGGCUCUCUUCAUGCUAUCUUUUUUUUUUCUUCCAUUGCUCUGAAACUGAUUGCACUUUUGAAAUCACCCCAGUCAGUAUUGGUUGCACCGUGCUUUUGUAUGAAUCCAUUGAAACGAAUGUUUAUCUGAUUUAAGUGCUGUAAACAAAAGUGUAUUUAAGUGCCUGUUGUCUUCGCUGCCUUUAGUGAUUUCUUCCUCUGCUCAUCGUUGUCACAGAAAGUGUUUUUUUUGUACGUAAACGUGGAGCCCUUCAAAACAAAAUGGGUAUUUAUUUUGUGACAAUCUUCGAGCGGCUACUGAAAAUGAAACUUGAGGCUCUACGUGAGCGAGGGACUGACAGAGAAACUCCUGUGUGUGUCUCUUAAGUGACAAUCAGACUCCAAAAUGCUGCAACACAGGCGUGCCUUUCACAGCGCUGCUCUUCAUUAACAAGGCAGUGUUACAUUUCUGCUGCGUCUCCCCAGUCGCAGCUGAAGAGCUGGAGGUAGAUCAGAGGAUCCACUCUCUUUAACGCAGAGCACAAUGUUUUGUCGUCUCUGAUCUGAUCGGUGUGUUAAUUGUGCCACUUCGAGCUCUGUACACUUAGAAAAGUUGUGACAAAAGCUGUGCUACUGAUCUCGGUGGAGUGCCAUGAGUUUCACUGACAUGUACCAACAUUUGUAAGUAGCUGGGAACUCCCUAAAUUCCCCAGACAGACCUCACAGCUCAGUAUUAUGAAUCCUCAGAUGUUAAAUAUUAAUUUGCCUUAAAGUUUGCUUUUGGUUUUGUUAACGAGUACAAAAUUCCUGUUGGAUUUGCCUGACAAAGUUUUGUUUACUUUUGGUGAUCCUGUGUUUGAAAAAAACAAAAAAAGAAUGUGUACCAGUAUUUAAUGAACGGGUGCUGUAUGCUAUUAAACUGGAGACAAAACUUC